AUGAAUAUCUGUGAUAAGAGUAUAAAGAAAAAUCUGAAUAGUGUUGUCUUGCCAUGUAUUGUUGUACUGGGAAUCGUCACCAUCGGAGUGAUAACCUCUUUUAUUCUUGCAUUCUCACUCGGAAUCCUGCAAUCUACUGGAGAAUACAGUCAGGCAUUGUUCACAUGGUUGUACAUCUACUUCCCAAUUGCUAUUCUAUGUAAUGUUGCUAUGAUUAUUGGGUGGUACAGAAUUAGAGUGAUGCUGAAACAAGACAAGGAGCAAUUAAACAAUGCUGAUACUAGUACUAUUACAAGUUCACAAUAA